AUGUCUCUCCACAAAGUAUCGGACACUUCGAUGACCUCCACACCAACAUCUGAGGCCAAACAGGCAAAACUGUAUGUAGUCAAGGAGGCAAAAGGGCUUCCUGAGCUAAAGGAGAAAAAAACCAUGGUCAAUCACCUCAAACCCCUUCCUACUUCCCUUCAAAAUGAAUUCAGAAUCCCUGAGGAAGUUCUUCUCUCUCUGAACUAUGCAGCCAAUGCUGGCUCCUGUCCCGAAAACUUAUUGCCUGCGAAGAAACAUAAAGCCCCAAAGGGUACCCUUCCACGGCUUGUAGAUCAUGUCUGGCAGCACCCUAUUCGAAGAGAUAAGUACAAAUACCUGAUUGAUCAUCCUGUCUCCCUAACAGGAGCUGGAAGGGAUAUUUCUUUCCUGUAUGAUGUUAAAUAUGUAAAAGGAGAGACCAGGGAGAACAAACUUUGUCCCCCAAACAAGUCAUCACAGUCACAGAACAGUGCCAUGGUGCCUCAUAAGAAAACAUUAGCAGACACUUUGGUUCCUGAAGAAUUUCAUAUUGUGUCAAAUACAGGAGUUUCAGGGUUGGAGUGUUAUGACGACAAGUACACCACCCUCCUCACCGACAGUGAGAACAGACUGUUACUCUUCCCGUCCAUGAAACCGAAUAAGAGAGUAGAAGUGGUCCAGCUGAACGACGUGAUGGACACCAUGCUGGAGAGGGCUGGAGUAGAAAAUGAGAAUUAUGUGGGGCCAACCAAGAUGCACCAGCUGCUCAACGUGUUGAAGAGAGAACAGAGCAUUUACAACACAGUGUUUCAUGAACUGAUUCGACAGGUCAGUGUGGACUGCAUAGACAGAGGAGAGCUGCUGUCAAGAAUCAGAGAGAAGUAUGUGCAAAUGCUUGACCAUAUCGCCCGGCAGAUGAUUGAAUUUUACAAAGACCUGGUGACUCAGCGCUUGAUGGACCAGCGCAUCUUACAAGAACUGUAUAACUUCAAGAACGUGAUCGAGGAAUUGACCAGGGAACUUUGUCUGGUUCGGGCUCAUGACAGGAAAUUAACACAGGAAGCAGAGACAGUCCAGAAGAACCUGGCAGAAGCUCUUUUGGAAGCAGAAAAGAAUGCCAAGAUAGUAGAAGACUACCAUGACUUAUACACAUUGCAGAGAGGAAGGAUGGAGGCUGACAUUCAACUGUUAAUGACUGAAAGAGACAUUUGGAGCUCAGCCACAUAUGAACUGGCCCUAAAGGUAAUUGAAAGAAAUAAAGUCAUACUGGCCAAAAAACUCUACCUUAGUGAAAAAGGCUGGAAUAAAUAUGCUAAGCAUUUCAUUAUAAUGCUGUCAACUAAGGACACUGGAGACCUUGGAAUGGUGGAGAAGUUGACAGAAAAAUGGAAAAAGUUAGUAAACAAAUUUAAGCAGGAUGUGGAACGCACGGAGGAGGCUUUAAAAGAGAAGUCACAAGUGGUGAAGACUGGGAUCCUCAAGUGGCAGCAGUUCUUCAGUAACAACAUUGAAAAAGAUGUUAUAGUCCCUAAUAAGAGAAGCCCGUUCGCUGUAGCCCUUAAUGACUUCAGGGAGUUUCAAAAGAUGAUGGAUGAGGAGAAAGAGAAGUUUACAGGGGAUUUUCUGUUGUCAAGAUAUGAUACUCUCAAAGUGAUUAAACGCUUACAGGAAAACUGGUCAGACAUAGGGUUUGGGAUACUUAGUCGCCAUAAAAGUAUGGAUGGGUUGUUGCCACCAGAGCACGAGUACAUGGAGGAAAUGAUAAAAAACAUAAGCAAAUUCUACAGAGAAUACGAAAUAAGAAUAAAUGGUGACCAUGGUAUCUCCAAAGUUCUUCCAAACUUGGUCAUUUCUUUAGACAUGUGUGUUUUCAAGUUAGAAAACUUAAUAGGUCUUUCCAAACUGCCCCUUGACGAGUGGCUUGAAAUUGAUGAAAAGAUUAAUGAAAUGAAGUUUCAGCUGGAUGCACUGUUAAACAUUAUUGGUUCCGUUCCACAGGGCAUGGAGAUGGAUUCUGGCUCGGCACUCCAAGCAAAUAUAUAUGAAAUGAUUCAACAAUGGAUUUUGAAGUUAGGCAACGAAAUCACCAAUGGUCACGUUGAACUUCUUCGCCUUAUGGAUGAAUUACAUAUAGCUAUGAUCCGGUGGAUGGUAAAUUUGCUGACCGUAAUGCUUCCUGAUUUUACUGACCAAGACACUCUCCAAAAGAUGAAGGAGCACAACUUAGAGGUCACUGAGGAGCGUGAAAUAGGAGUCGCCGAAUUAGAGAUAAACGCAAUUUCACUGGCCAAGCGGUUGGCGCAAUACUCCAGCCACUUGUACAGUUGCUGCAUAGGCAUGGUGAGAGCAAUGGCCCUGAGUAGAGCUGCUCACUUACAGAAGAAUCCUGCUAAGGACCGUCAGGAACUGGAUAGGAUGAAUAGAGAAUGUUAUGAUUGGAUCAGCACAUGUUCAUACCUCAUUUCUGAUGUCAAAGGGAGGAAAAUACGAUUACUGUCAUAUGAGGAAGCAGAGAAGCUGAUCGGGGAAGAGGAAGCUACAAAAAUUUAUUUUGACCCAGAAAAACCUCCUAUUGAUGAUACUGAUGAUGAAAUUGACUUUAAGAAGCCUGAGGUUCAAGAAAAGGAAGAGCCUACGCCGUCUACAAAUGAGAAAACCAUUCGAUACAUUAAGAAAGAUGAAAAUGUUCAUUGCAAACCUCUGUUUGAAGAAGGCAUAUUUUUAUCCUGGAGAGAACCAGCUAGUCACGGCGUAUUGGAGCCAAAGUAUCUUGAAAUAAUGAGUGUAAUUGAACAUAUGCAGGAGAAGCUAAUAGAGAUGGACGCCAGGGCCAGAGAGGCCGAGGAGAGGUUCGACGAGGUGAAUGAGCAGCUCCAUCACACCCUCAUAAAGAACAGAGACCUGGAGAAGGAGCUAGAAGAGUUGGUGAAGAAAACCACAAUGGGGUCACAGGUAAAGACAGAAGGCACCAAGGAGGACAAUGAGGAGGACGGAGGUGAGGAAGAUGGAGAGGAACACCAACAAGUAAAGAAGUCCCCAAAAUCUGCCAAGAAAGAAGCACAGUCCAAGGACGGGUCUGAAGCAUCUGGAAGUCGGACCAAACCUAAGACCAAAUCCAAAUAG